AUGGCAUACACAGUGGUGACAGGCGCAAAUGGCUACAUUGCCAAGCACAUUCUUAAAUCGUUAUUAGAAGAUGGCCAUCGCGUAAUUGGGACCGUGAGAAACAGCAAAAAGGCCGAGGAAUUGAAAAGGACUGUCAAUGAUGAGAAUUUGAUAGUGGAGUUGGUUCCCGACAUGUUAGUGGAAAACGCAUUUGACGAGUUGUUCAAGAAGUACAACACCCAAAUCAAGUAUGUGUUCCACACUGCGUCCCCGGUUCUCGAGACGUCAAAGGACUAUGAGAAAAGUUUGAUCGAGCCCGCGAUUACCGGUGCGAAGUCAAUGGUGGAAGCUAUCAGGAAGUACUCAUUGACAUCGGUCGAGCACAUUGUGUAUACGUCAUCGAUUGCUGCCAGCUCGCUGGAAUCUGAGUUUACCGAUCCAACGCUCGUUGUCAGCGAGGAUAGUUGGAACCCACAAGGUUUGAAAGAAGCAAAGAAGGAGUUUUUCACCGCUUACUCGUACUCGAAGAAAAUCGCCGAGAAGACGAUGUGGGAUUUUGUUGAGGAAUACAAGGGGACUGAGCACGAAAUAAAGCUCACUACGGUCAAUCCAUGCUUUAACAUUGGGCCCCAGGCGUACGAGGCGGACGUUACCGAGAUUAUGAACUUCACGGCGGAGUUGAUCAACCACGUUGUGAAAAGCAAAGUGGGCGAUCCGCUUCCUCCAACGAGAAUUGCGCCAUACGUCGAUGUCAGGGACACUGCGAGAGCGCAUGUCGAUGCGUUGAAGAACGAGAAGCUGGCAUUCCAAAGACUGUUGGUGGUGGGGCCCUUUUUGUCGAGCCAGCAGAUCUACGAUAUUGUGAACGAGCGCUUCCCGGGGAUCAAGAUCGCGCGGGGCGAGCCUGGCAGCGACAGGCUGGACCCUGCGAAGCUGGCCAAGUUCGACCACGCCCGCACGACGCGGAACCUCGGCUGGGAGUUCACGCCUAUCGAGAAGGCUAUAGCUGACGAGGUGGACCAGAUCCUCCGUGUGGGCGCGUACCGUGGGUAA